CUCCGGGCUAUAUUCUUAACUAAUAGCAAGAAUAGAAGUAUAGUCUUAUAUUUAAAGGCUAUAGCUAUUUACGAGAUAUAUACUCAGGAAUUCCUAGAGCAGGUAUUAAUAUUAUUUCAUAUCCCCGGCAGCCCACUAUUACAAGUAUCCGAGUUACUAUUAGUAAUAUAG